AAGGGUUCAAAUGCGUGGGAGCGCGACACAUUUGCAUAGGAGGCGAGGCGAGAAGUAGUGAGAGCCAACUCGUUCUCGCCACUCGCACUCCUUCCUCUGCAAACGGCGUCGUUCCCCUCUUUCUCUCUACUCCGAACUUCCCUUCUCGGUCUGCGCAAAAACGCGUUUGCGUCUCAUUAAGCAGUUUCCAGUUUCUUCCGCUAGGGUUCGCAGUGUCGCUUCUUCGAAUCUCGUUUGCUGCAAUAAAACACCGAAGAAAGGCGUUGAAGUCUCGUUGACCAUUUUUUUUUUCACUCAGUGGCGGUAACUCUGCACUGCAAGUGGCGUAACUACGCCACAUACCACUCUUUUUCUUGCUGCCAUUUUUAUUUAAGAACACUCGACAGUGUUUGGGUUCAAAUUUGUUGUUUCCUUCGAAGAUUUAUUAGCAGUUUCAUUGAUUUUCACUGCAAUAAUAAAGUGUUCUAAGCCAUUAGGUUUUGUGGGAGAAGCUGAAUUUGUAAGUUUUCUUUUCUUCCAUGAUUGUUGCUGAUAAAGUUCUUGGUAAGCAAAUAGGAGAAAAAUUGCAUUUGUGUGGUAGUAAAUAAGAAUUGCGAUUUUGGUUAAGCAGUAAUGAUGGCGAAGAGUAGGUUAUGUGGAGGGUAUUAUGGAAAUGCAGUGGAGCGAGGUGGUGAAACAGAGGGGUCUGGUUCAUCAGGGAGAAUGGACACCCAAGUUAGUGUUUCUGAGGAUUCUGGUAUCCCUGCUAGGAAGUGCAUUAGUUUGAAUUCAAGUGGGAAUGAUGCGUUUGGUGUUCCCAUGCAAGUUGUUCCCUUGUCCAAUUUGUCUUCCUUCCAGAGGAAGGGUUUGGUGGAUAGGUUUAGUUCCGAACUCGAACAGAUUCGAGUGUUUCGAAAGAGAAUUGAACAGAGGAGAACGAAUGGUGUUACGUUGUCAUCUUCCAGUGAUAUUCUUAGCUGUAGCAAUGGCAAUGAUGGGCCUCGAAUGGGGAGAAAACAGUCAAUAUCCAGUUCUGUGCCAGGGAGUGAAUUGAAACCUUUAGGUCAAAGUCAGAAGCCCCGAGGAUGGAAUCGGGGGUCUUCUGGGAAAUUUGUGUCUGCAUCAUGGACUUCUACACCGAGUGCUGCAAAUGCUUUGUUGAUGAAAGAUUGUGAGUCAUUGUUGAAACGAUUAAUGGGUCACCAGUAUGGUUGGGUUUUCAACACCCCUGUGGAUGUGGUGAAGUUGAAUCUUCCGGACUAUUUCAGCAUUAUCAAGCAUCCAAUGGAUUUGGGAACAAUAAAAGGCAAGCUAGCUGCAGGAGCAUAUUCUGGUGGAUUGGAAUUUGCUGAUGAUGUGAGGCUUACUUUUUCAAAUGCAAUGACCUAUAAUCCGCGUGGGACUGAUGUCCAUUUCAUGGCUGAUACCCUCAGUAAAUAUUUUGAAUUGAGAUGGAAAACAAUUGAGAAAAAGCUGCCAAGAAGAGAUGCUGUUCCAUUGCCUUCAAAGCUAGACACUUGUGAAGAUGCAAAAACUACUAGACCGAUGCCUACUUCAAAGAAGAGAAAAAUGACCUCUUUGCCCCCUCAACCUGUAAUUAUGCCACCUGCUAAGCGGGUUAUGUCGGAUCAAGAGAAGCACAAUCUUGGUAGAGAAUUGGAGUCUUUGCUGGGGGAAAUGCCUAUGCAUAUCAUUGAUUUCUUAAAAGCAAAUUGUUCCAAUGGUGGAGAAUGUGGAGAGGAUGAGAUUGAGAUUGAUAUUGAUGAUCUCAGGGAUGAUACACUGAUCACAUUACGAAAGCUAUUGGAUGAAUUUUUGCAAGAGAAACAAAAGAACAAAACAAAACUUGAAGUGCGUGAAAUAGAGGUGUUGAAUGACUCUGGACCAAGCAAUUCCUCAUUGCUACCAGUUAAAGGUAAUGAGCCCGAUGAUGAUGAAGAGGUGGACAUAGUUGGAGAUGAGCCCCCUUUCUCAAGCUAUCCUCCUGUGGAGAUUGAAAAGGAUACAGCUUGCAGAAUCAACUGUUCAAGUCCAGGAAGCAGUGAUACAGACGCUAGUGAUUCUUCAGAUAGUGAAUCUGAUGAUGUUAAAUCAAAUCCAGCAAAGGUAGCAAAGGAACCAGAAAAUAUGGGAUAUGGAGCUCAGCCAGUAGAAAAUAGCAGGGCCACUGAUGCUUCUGGAAGAAAUCAAUCUGUUAGUGGCUUGGAUAAACUUGAGGAUAAAUCUCAGCAAAAGCCUAGUUUUUCAAGCUCUGAUUGCCAUCAAGAUGGGGAAUGUGGUCCCAUGGAGAGGAAGGUCUCCCCUGAUAAACUUUAUCGAGCUGCCUUAUUGAAGAAUCGAUUUGCUGAUACAAUCUUGAAGGCUCGAGAAAAGACACUGUCACAGGGUGAUCCUGAGAAAUUGCGCCAGCAUAAGGAAAAGCUGGAGAUGGAGCGACAGAAAGAAAAGGCGAGGCUACAAGCAGAGGCAAAGGCUGCUGAAGAUGCUCGGAAGCGGGCUGAAGCAGAAGCUGCUGCAGAAGCCAGACGUAAAAGGGAGCUUGAGAGAGAAGCUGCAAGACAAUUACUGCUACAGAUGGAAAAAACUGUUGAAAUCAAUGAGAAUUCUGGAUUUCUUGAGGAUUUGGAAUUGCUUAGAGCUGUACCUGCUGAGCAUUUACCGAGUUCUGUAGGUGAGACAAGUCCUGAUAACUCUCAGGAUGGCAUGGGUAGUUUCAAGUUUGGGGGUGGUAAUCCCUUGGAACAACUAGGAUUGUAUAUUAAAGUUGAUGAUGAUGAGGAGGAAGGAGAUGCACCGUGUGUUCCAAAUCCUGUAAAUGAUAUAGAAGAGGGAGAAAUUGAUUAAGUAAUUGACAUUUUUUUUAUCAUGAAUCAAGGAGCAAACUAAAAUUAUCUUUGAUAUCCAGAAAUUCCCCCUGUAUUCUAGUUCUUGUAAUGCAGCAAAUCAUAACAAAUGGGAUGGAACGUAUUUUCUUGCAGCAGCCUUCGGACUCUAGAAUGAUACAUUGAAUUAUAUUUUGGUUGUCUUUACAAGAGACUGGUUUGAACAGGGUAAAAGCACAAUUUUGGUCAUUUGCAAUUACAAUUAUACACCAGCCUCAGUACUAGAAGUUGCUAGGUCAUCUCAUUCCCUCGCAUAGGAUAAGUUGUAUAAUGGAAACUUAUGAUCUAUGUAUCAAUUAACAAUUUAACAUUGAUAUUGCCCAUUUCAGAGUAAA